GGCGGCGUUUCCGGUUCCGGCGGUUCCGGCGGUUCCGGUUCCGGCGGCGGCGGCGAUGGGCGCGCACCUGGCGCGCCGGUACCUGGGCGAGGGCGAGACGGAGCCCGACCCACUGCGCAUGCCCAGCUUCCCGCCGGGCCUGGGGCUGCCCGAGCGCCGCGAGCGCGCCAUGGUGGCCACGGCGGAGCAGCUGGCGGCCGCCCGGCUGCCGCUGGAGCAGCGCGACUACUGCGCCCACCGGCUGCUGGAGCUGCUGCGGUGCCAGCGCGACGCCUUCCCCCGGCUGCCCCGCUGCCGGCACGAGCGCCACGCCUGGGACGCCUGCCAGCACCGCGACUACGUCAUGCGCAUGAAGGAGUUCGAGCGCGAGCGGCGGUUGCUGCAGCGGCGCAAGCGGCUCCAGGAGCAGCAGGCGGCCGCCGAGUGACGAACACCCGCGCGCUCGGGGGACCACCCGUGCCCAAUAAAACGCUGACGCCUAC